AUGGGUGAUGAUUCUCGCGUACUACUUCAGGAAAAGAAGUCACUUUAUGCAUCACCCGGUGAGUUCCAAAGCUUGAUAAAGCAGGUUCUUUCAUGGGAUAUUCGGUCAUUGAGUCAACGGAAUCGGCCACAUGAUACUCUACUUAAGAAAGAAAACGAUGAACUAUUGGGUAAUACUUCUGAUGUAGAUGAGCACCAAAACGAAACUCCAUUAGUUCAUGAAAGAGAGCAGAAUGCUUUAAAUUCCAAUGAAGUCAUUUAUCACCUGAUUUUGGAGGGCCUUGAUGUCUCUUACAGAAUUGAUCAUGACGGUAAUGUCAUUGUUGAAAAUAUAUCAACUGCUGUCCAGGACAGUAAGCCUAAUUUCUGUAAUUACUUGACAUGGAAAGACAAGAUGCAUGUCGGAUCCAAAGAUGAAUGGAAGAAAACACGUACCGUCUUCAGUGGCGACAAGAAAAAUGCUAAAAUCAUUUUGAGCAUUGGAAGAGUUGAGUUGGCACCAACUGUCAGCAGCAACAGCAAAUUUCAAAGGGGAGGCGAACCGAGGGGUUUGCCUCAGAGAAGAAGAAAAGAAUCCAGUGGGUGCAGAGAGAAAGUGAGGGCGAGGAAGAAGAUGGGUUCGCCGUCGACGACGGGUGAGACGAAGAAGAUAGCGGUUCGGUCGUCGAUUGUGGACUCGUUUCGCGGUUGUGGUCUGUCCGGGAUCCGAAUUGACAAGGAGGAGUUGAAAAAGCAGCUCACCAUGCCGCAAUACCUGCGCUACGCAAUGCGCGAUUCCAUUCGUCAUAAGGACCCCGCCGCCGGCGAGUCCCGCUACAUCAAGCGCGCCGAAGGUGAAGACUCCGCCGCUCCUCCCUGUCCGAUGGUCGUCUUCAUAAACCCCCGCAGUGGCGGCCGCCACGUCCCCGCUCUCAAGGAGAGACUCCAGCAACUCAUGAGUGAAGAGCAGGUUUUCGACUUAUCAGAUGUGAAGCCUCAUGAAUUUGUACGGUAUGGAUUGGGUUGUUUGGAGAUGUUGGCGGGCCUUGGUGAUUCUUGUGCCAAAGAAACUCGUGAAAGAAUCAGGGUUAUGGUUGCUGGAGGUGAUGGUACAGUAGGUUGGGUAUUAGGAUGUCUCACAGAACUUCGCGCACACGUUCGAGAGCCGGUUCCUCCCGUAGGGAUCAUACCACUGGGGACAGGAAAUGACCUAUCUAGGAGUUUUAAUUGG